CCAACAUCUGGUCGCGUCGCAAAUUUGCGGCCUCAUGUCACGACUCACCACGGCGUCCACCUGCAACACCUGCCGCUAGUGACAUGGUCCUCAUAUCGCAAUGUCUAAGUCGUGGAAGUCGACACUGAAGUUGCCGACGUCGACUUUUCCCGUCCGUCCCAACCCCAAGUUACAAUCGAUAUACUCUCGACAAUGCACCGAUGAACUAUACGCCUGGCAAUCAGCGAAUCGACCGGAGGAUUCUACCUUCAUUCUCCACGAUGGACCCCCAUACGCCAAUGGUCCAUUGCACAUUGGACACGCAGUCAACAAGAUCCUCAAGGACAUUAUAGUCCGCUAUCAAGUCCAGCUUGGUAAACGUGCCAUCUACCGGCCAGGAUGGGACUGCCAUGGACUGCCUAUCGAGCUGAAAGCUCUCGGCUCCGGUGCUGGGCAAGGCAUGGGCCCAGUCCAAAUCCGUGACAAGGCCAAGCGGUUGGCCUCCAAGACUGUGGAGGCACAGACAAAGGGCUUCAAGUCUUUUGCCGUCAUGUCCGAAUGGGACAACAAGUGGACGACGUUGGAUAGCGGCUAUGAGGCACGACAGCUUCGUGUCUUCCAGAAACUAGUUCGGCACGGGCUGAUCUACCGGAAGCACAAACCGGUAUACUGGUCCACAACGACACGCACUGCGCUCGCGGAAGCAGAGCUGGAAUACAAGGACAAUCACGAGUCGAACUCAGCCUACGUCAAGUAUCCAAUUGUAUCUGACUGGAAAGCGGUGCCGGGUCUGUCGAAUGUGCAGGUGCCCUUGUACGCAGCGAUCUGGACCACUACGCCCUGGACUCUCCCAGCCAACAAGGCAAUUGCCGUGCACGACGAGAUAUUGUACUCAGUCCUGCAAGUUGGCGAAUACGCACUUUUGGUUGCCAAUGCGCGGGUCGAAGCUGUCAAGGCAUUCGUGCCCGACGCUCACAUCUUGAUCGAAGACAUUGCUGGUUCGGUGCUCGCUGGUCUGGAAUAUCGCAAUAGGCUACAAGGCUUGGAGUCUCCAGCCCAGCCCAUCAUACACGCAGACUUUGUCACGGCAGAUUCGGGUACAGGACUGGUCCAUGUGGCCCCUGGGCAUGGCCAGGAUGACUACGAAGCCUGCGCCAAGCUCGGCAUCGAGGCAUUCGCACCUAUCACAGACGAUGGGCACUUCACCCAGGAGGCUUUCCCAGAAGAUCCCGAACGGUUGACGUCGGCCCCUACCAUUCUAGACGGAGGCAGCCAGGCUGUAUUGGACAUCGUGGCAGAUGAUGUACUUGGCACCCAGGUCAUUCAGCACAAAUACCCCUACGAUUGGCGGACCAAAAGACCAGUUGUGAUCAGGGCUACAGCUCAAUGGUUUGCAGACGUCGCGAGUAUCAAGGAAGACGCACUCAAGGCCCUCGAAUCUGUUCGAUUUGUGCCCGAAGUUGGGAGGAACCGUCUCGAAAAUUUUAUCAAGGGAAGAAAUGAAUGGUGCAUAUCGCGACAGCGUUCUUGGGGUGUGCCCAUCCCAGCACUCUACAGCGCAGACGGAGAUGCCAUCAUGACAGAAGAGACCAUCGAACACAUCAUCGCCGUCAUGAAGGAAAGGACAUCCCAGGCAUGGUUCGCUGACGAUCCUCACGAUCCCGCAUGGAUUCCUGCCAGUCUGCAAGGCAAAGGAGGCUAUCGACGUGGGACCGACACUAUGGACGUGUGGUUUGAUAGCGGCACCAGUUGGACCGAGACGGCGGAGCAGGCCGAUGUUUACCUUGAGGGUAGCGACCAACAUCGUGGCUGGUUCCAGUCAAGUCUCUUGACAUAUGUCGCAGCGCAGAAGGCGGAUGGCGUUGACCGAUCCAACAUCUGCGCUCCUUUCAAGACUCUUAUAACGCACGGGUUCACCCUUGAUGACCAAGGGAAGAAGAUGUCCAAGUCACUGGGCAACACGAUAGCGCCAGAACAAGUCAUGGACGGCACACUCUUACCCAUGGUCAAGGGGAAGGGCAAAGCUGCUCCCAGGCAUGACGCACUCGGCCCUGACGCAUUGCGAGUCUGGGCAGCCAUGUCCGACUAUACUACUGACAUUGUGAUCGGAACGGGUGUCCUCCAGUCGGCCCACAGCGCGUUGAUUCGCUACAGGAGCAUCAUCAAAAUGCUGUCAGGAUCACUACACGAGUCUGCGCGCAGUGCGCCGCUUACCAAGCUCGACCAGAUCGCACUGCUACAGCUCUCCGACACCAUGACCCAGGUUCGGGGCUCAUACGAAAGGUUUGAAUUCCACCAGGGGAUCCAAGCGUUGAAUCGGUGGUUGAGUAACGACUUGUCGGCUUUCUACUUGGAGUGCUUAAAGGACAGGCUCUACUGCGGAGACGGUGGAGGCGUUGUUGAGCCCAUCUUCAAUGGUCUUCUGCGCAUGCUUGCACCUAUCACCCCGAUGCUGGUCGAAGAGGCUUGGGCCAGCCGGCCCGAGUGGCUGCAAAAGGAUGGAUCCUCUGAACAUCCGGCACGGGCGUUGUACACGGACCCUGUUGCUGAUCGUAGCCGAUUGACUCUUGACGAGUCGAUCCUACGUGCAGAUUGGGAGAUAUUGACGCCCGUCCGAGACGCGGUCAAACAAGCUUUAGAGCACUGCCGAACGCAAAAGCUGAUCGGAAGCUCCCUUCAGUGCUCCUUGGUGAUACUUACCGAGGAGGGACACAAUGCUCUCACAGAGUGCUUGAGUCGCUGGCGCGAUGAGCUGCCCAGCAUUCUCGUCGUGUCUUCAGCACACAUCGACCUACCAGGCCCGACAGAGCCGGCUUGGUCACACGAGCAGGCUUUCGAAGCAGCUGGAAGCAAGGGUGUCCUGACGGUGUAUCCUCCAUCUGCUGCCAAGUGCCCACGCUGCUGGAAUUACACGGCGCCGUCCGAAGACGAGCUGUGCAAGCGAUGCAACGACGUUGUUGCCGCACUACCGGCAUAAGCCAGCAAUUAGACGUGUAAGAUUUGUAUAGAUUUAUGCAUGUAUAUAUGGACUAGAGGAUGAGUCCGAUUAUUGUAAAUAGAACUGUCAAUAGCGGGUGUUGAGCGGUGAUGUUGGUAGAUCCAAGUUUUGAUACUACGCGAGUAGAGGCAUAAUGUCGUGGGCCUUGCGUCUAGGGUAGGCCGGCACCUCCCCAGCUGGUGUGUCACGCUAGCACAUGCUAAUAGGUA